AUGCGAGGUGGCGGCGGCGGGGCGCGAGUGACGGGCGCCCCCGGGAAAGCGGAAAAUAUGUCCCGCGCCGGCUUUGUCAGCAGUUUGUCAGAAACUGUGCCCGCCCGCGCGCUGAAUAUAGCUGAGCCACCCAACCUCACAGAUCCCGACUCAACUAUUCAGAAAGUGAAGGAUGAUGACCCCACUCUUAUUGACCUCAACUGGAACAACAUUAAGAAUAUUUCUGAAGAAAAAUUUGAGCACCUUUUCAAUGCCCUGCCUGAGAACACCCAUUUGGAAACACUGAGUUUGAGCAAUGUGGGAAUGACGGACAACUCUGCUAUCAAGUUAGCAGAAGCGCUCGAGCGCAACGCUACUUUACGUGUCGUCAAUGUGGAAACAAACUUCAUCAAUCCACCCGUUAUUGUGAAGUUUAUUAAAUCCCUCUUGGCAACCAAAACAAUUGAAGAGUUCAGAUGCUCUAAUCAGAGGUUGCAGGUGCUGGGCAACAAGAUAGAGAUGGACGUAACGGGCCUGGUGGACCAGAACCCGACACUUCUGCGGCUCGGCCUCCACCUGGACUACAAUGACGCACGCCACCGCGUUGCAGGUCACCUCCAGAGGAACAUCGACAGGAUACGCCUGUCUCGCGUGGGAGCGACAAACUCGUAG